UUCGCGUGUCAAUCCGAUGAUGGACGGGAUUUAAAUUAAAUAAAAAUUAUUAAAUCUUAAUAUUUAAAAGGGCUUUGAAUUAUUAUAAAUCAAAGUCAUAAAAAUGCGUUCCGAAGUAUUCAUUUUGUUCCCCUUGAUAUUGUGUGCCGCGGCAUGGGACGACGACGAUUUGGAAGUGUUUGACGUGGUAGAAGAAGUGAAUCAAAACUUCUAUGAAGUUUUGGGAGUUUCUCAGGAUGCACCACAAUCAGAGAUCAAAACAGCAUUCAAGAAGCUUACAUUGAAAUUACAUCCGGACAAGAAUAAGUCACCAGAUGCUGAUGUACAGUUUAGGAACCUUGUAUCCGUUCAUAAUAUACUCAAGGAUCCUGGGAAGAGAGAAAAGUAUAAUGAGGUACUUAAAAAUGGUCUUCCAAAUUGGCGUUCAGCUGUGUACUACUACAGACAUGUUCGUAAGAUGGGUCUGGCAGAGGGAUCCAUUAUUCUGUUCAUACUUAUUACUUUGGGUCAGUAUGCUGUUGGAUGGGCAGCAUAUGCUGAGAAGAGGUAUACUGCUGAGCAAAUUUUAAGUUCCAGAGGAAAGAAACAAAGGAAGUCAGGUUUUGAUACGGGUUUGGCGGAAAUUUUGGAAAACCUGCCAAAACCCAGCAUAAAAGACACACUUCCGUUUCAAAUACCGCGAGCGAUAUGGUGGUCGAUUACGGUGUUGCCUGCAACAGUCAUGGAACUGAAGAGAAAGAAGAAAGAAAUGGAUGAGGAGGCAAAGAGGAAAAAGAAGAAGGAAGAGGAAGAGGAGCGACUGCGUUUACAGCGCGAGGAGGCGAUGGCGGAGGCGCGCGCGGCGGCGGGGGGCGCGGCGCGGCGCCGGCGCGGGUUCGUGCCGCCCGAGCGGGAGUCGUGUCUGCUGGAUCCCAUUGAUGAUGGUGAUGCGCCCGUCGUGAAACCUGUUGCGCCGGUAGUGCCCGUGGUCACCGGUGGUCUCUGGACGGACGACGACUUGGCGGAGCUGGUGCGGCUCGUCAAGAAGUACCCGCCGGGGGCGGAGGCCCGCUGGGAGAGGAUCGCGGAGGCGAUGGGCCGCGCGGUGCCGGAAGUGACGCACAUGGCCGCCAAGUUGAAGGACAACUGCUACAGGCUGCCUGAGCAGGAGGAGCCGCCGCCGGAGGCACCUAAGAAGGUGAAGACGCGCAAGACGGAGGAGACGUCAGGCGGCAACUGGGCGCAGAGCCAGCAGAAGGCGCUGGAGGCGGCCCUGGCCAAAUACCCGAAGGGCGGCGCCGGCGACCGCUGGCAGAAGAUAGCGGCCGCCGUGCCCGGGAAGACCAAGGAAGAGUGUAUGCAGCGGUGUAAAUAUUUAUCGGAAAUGCUGAAGAAACAGAAACAGAAAGAAGAAGAACCUAAGGAGGACCAAGAGGAAUAGUUUUUAACGUUUUCGUUACCAGUGAUAUAGUUAAUGUGAAUAAACGAAGUAUAGACAUA